GGACGGCGCUAGAAUAAAUACCUGCGAUCCCCGUAAGAUUUGAAAGACACAGCAAAAGUUCCGUUAUUUUUAAUUAUCAUCAAACAAUGGUCAGGUUUUGCUUGAUCAUAUUAGCUGUGGCUCUUUGUAGAGCUUCAGCUCAAAAAUUGUUUCCGGACAAUUUCAAAUUUGGAGCAGCUACUGCCGCCUAUCAAAUUGAAGGAGCUUGGGAUGAAGAUGGAAAAGGAAUAAAUAUUUGGGAUACCUUCACACAUACAGCAGGCAAAAUUAGAGACAAUUCCACUGGAGACGUCGCUUCUGACUCUUAUCACAAAUACAAAGAAGAUGUUGCUAUUCUCAAGGACUUGGGUGUCAAGUUAUACAGAUUCUCCAUUUCGUGGUCGAGAAUUAUGCCUGAUGGUCGUCCAUACAGCAUCAAUCAAGCUGGUAUCGAUUACUAUGUCAAUUUGGUUAAGGAACUGAUCGAAAACGAUAUCGAACCAUUGGUCACUUUGUACCAUUGGGACUUGCCCCAAUAUCUUGAAGACCUUGGUGGUUGGUUGAACCCCAGAAUUGCUGAUUAUUUUGGAGAUUACGCUAGGGUCGUUUACACAGCUCUGGGACCUUAUGUCAAUUAUUGGGUUACCAUCAAUGAACCGAGUACUACUUGCGUCCUUGGUUAUGGCCAGGCUAUCCUAGCCCCAGGCAAAACUCUUAUCGGCGAAGGAGUCUACCUUUGCGCCCAAAACAGUUUGAAAGCUCACGCUAAGGCCUACAGAAUCUACGAAACCGAAUUUAAAUCUCUAUAUAAUGGAAAAGUGACCAUUAAUGUACCGAGUUCCAAUUACUAUCCUAAGACCAACAGCACGUUGGAUGCUGAAGCUGUCGAUAGGAUUUUUGAAUUUGUUGUUGGACUGUUUACUAAUGCCAUCUUCAAACGCAAUUGGCCCCAAGUAGUCAUCGAUAGAGUAGCUAACAGAAGUAGAUUAGAAGGUUAUUCUUUCUCUAGAUUGCCAGAAUUCUCUGAAGAAGAAAUUGAUUAUAUUUCUGGGACUUAUGAUUAUUUUUCUUUAAAUUUAUACACAAGCGUUAUUGUGGAAUAUAAGGAAGAUGCGGCAAUUUCGACUCCAUCAUUCUUGUUAGAUAUAGGCACGCCCAUUUCAAUAAAUUCCUCAUGGAUCAAAAGCACCGCUUCCUGGCUAAACUCUGACCCACCAGGAACAAGAAACCUUCUCAACUUAAUUCAAAAAAAAUAUAAUCCCUCCGAAAUCAUUAUCACUGAAAAUGGUUGGGCUGACACUGGGGAUUUGGAUGAUCAGAAAAGAAUCACUUAUUUGAAGGAAUAUUUAACUAAUAUUUUGAACGCAAUCCUUGAAGAUGGUAUUAACGUCACUGGAUACACAUUAUGGAGUCUUUUGGAUAAUUUCGAAUGGGCUGAUGGAUACUCUCAACGUUUUGGAAUAGUCAACGUUGACUUUGAUAGUCCGUUAAGAAACAGGACAUACAAGAGCUCAGCCGAUUGGUACAAGAGGAUCAUCGAAGCCAGGGCAAUUGUAGACUAAUUAUCUAUAUAUAUAAAAAUUAAUGCCACUUUUCGUUGUAAUUUUAUAACUCAAGAACGGGCUCACCUAGCCAAACCAAAUAUUUAGGCUUUUUUCUGACUAUUUAUUAGAUGGUUUAUGUGAAGUUUGCACAAAACCGGUCGAGCGGUUCUUCAUUUAUCACAUUUUUUGUAAUAAAUGAAUUAUUCAAUAAAUGGAGGAUCAUUUUGUUAA